AUGACCAAGUCUCCCGCCCCGCCUGCCCCCGUCUCCUCCGCCUCCGCCAGCUCCUCCCCCACGGACGACGUUGCGCGCAAUAACGUCAUCCCCUCCGAGGUCGGCUGGCAGUUCGUCCCCCAGUACUACACCUUCGUCAACAAGCACCCCCACCGCCUCCACUGCUUCUACACAAAGUCCUCCACCUUCAUACACGGCACCGAGGGCGAGGACGGCAAGCCCUGUUUCGGCCAGCUGGAAAUACACAACAAGAUCACCUCCAUCGGCUUCGAAGACUGCAAGGUCUUCAUCCACUCCGUCGACGCCCAGUCCUCCGCCAACGGCGGCAUCAUCAUCCAGGUCAUCGGCGAGAUGUCCAACCGCGGCGAGCCCUGGCGCAAGUUCGUGCAGACCUUCUUCCUCGCCGAGCAGCCCAACGGCUACUACGUCCUCAACGACAUCUUCCGCUUCCUCAAGGAGGAGACCGUCGAGGGCGACAGCGAGGACGAGGACACCCCUGCGCCCGUCGCCGCCGCCGUCGAGCCCGCGCCCGAGGCUCCAGCGGCGAGCCCCGAAUCCGCCCCCGCCUCCCCCGCGCCCCAACAAAACGGACACGCCGCGCCCACGCCCGCCGCGGCCCCCGCCCCGAUCGAAAAAACGCCCACCCCUGCUCCCGUGGCGGCUCCUGAACCCGUUGUCGUUGUCGCUGCCGCCGUUCCCGAGCCGACACCGUCGCCGGCGCCUGUCCCCGCAGUCGCCGCUGCUGCCGCGCCAGCCCCGGCCCCGGCCGCCGCUGCCCCACCACAGCCCCAGCCCGCCGCCGCCGCACCUUCUCCCUCCCCUGCUCCGGCCGCCGCUCUUCCUCAGCCCGCCGCCGCAGCUGCGCCCGCGCCCGCGCCCACAUCCCUGCCGAUACCGACACCCGCGGCACCCGCAGCACCUGCGCCUGCGCCCGCUCCUGUCCCCGCGGCGCCCCCCGCGCCCAAGACGUGGGCGCACCUCGCGGCGGCCAACUCGAAAAAAUGGGGCUCGGCGGUCGCGCAGGAGUCGCGCGGCACGUCCGAGGUGCCCGCGACGCCGACGACGCCCGCUGCGGGUGCGGGUGCGGGUGCUGGCGCUGGUGGUGGGUACCAUGGGCCUGGGGGACGUGGUGGGCACCAUGGGCCGCAGGGCCAGCGGGAGCCGCAUCCGGCGUACGUGGCGGCGCAGAACGUGGCGACCGCGCAGUGUUUCGUCAAGAGCGUGCAGGAGAACAUCUCGGACGCGGCUUUGCGGAACACGCUGACGGCGCGGUUCGGCGCGAUCAAGGAGCUGGAGAUCGUGCGGAGCAAGGCGUGCGCGUUCCUCGAGUUUGGGACCGUGGAGGCUGCGCGGCGGGCGAUCGCCGCGUCGCUGCCGCAGGCGCAGGGCGGGGAGGGCGGGGUGCGGAUCGACGUCGGGGAGGGGAUGCAGAUGCGGGUGUUGGUGGAGACGCGGAAGGAGCGCGGGGAGCGGCCGGUUAGUGGGCGCGGGAGGGGCGCGAUGGGUGGUGUUGGGGGCGGGGGCGGGGGGUUGAACGGGGGGGAGAGGGAGCGGGGGGAGCAGCAGAGGGAGCAGCAGCAGAGGGGAGGGUAUGGGCGUGGGGGGGCGGGUGUUGGGGGGCGUGGGAUGGGGAGGGGGCGCGGGAGCGGGGGCGCGAAGUAG